CCCAAUUCAUAAAGGUGUAAGCUUUGAAGAGUUUGUACAUUAACACUGAUGAAGAAGCACUACAAAACACUUCUCUCCCACCUGGAGAACUGCAGAACAAUGACGGAACUAAACCAACUCCACGCCCUCAUGAUCAAAUCCUCUGUCAUCAAAAACAUCAUUCCCUUAAGCCGUCUCAUAGACUUCUGCACCACCUCCCCGGAGACCACGAACCUCACCUACGCGUCCUCAAUUUUCGAAACCAUCGAUUCCCCGAGCGUGUACAUAUGGAACUCCAUGAUCAGAGGCUACUCAAACAGUCCCAAACAAGACAAAGCAUUGACCUUUUACCAAGAAAUGCUUCGUAAAGGGCACUCUCCGGAUCACUUCACGUUUCCUUACGUCCUCAAAGCUUGCUGGGAUGUUAAGUUCGGGAGGUGUGUUCAUGGGUUUGUUUUGAAGACAGGGUUUGUUGUGAACAUGUAUGUUUCCACUUGCUUGCUUCAUAUGUACAUGUGUUGUGGAGAAGUGGAGUGUGGUCUGAAGGUUUUUGAGGGUGUGCCGAAGUGGAACGUUGUGGGUUGGGGGAGUUUGGUGUCUGGGUUUGUGAGUAAUAAUCGGUUUAGGGAUGCUAUUGAGGUGUUUAGUGAGAUGGAGAGGCAUGGUGUGGAGGUGAAUGAGACUGUAAUGGUGGAUCUUUUAGUUGCUUGUGGGAGAUGUAAAGAUAUUGAGAGAGGGAAAUGGUUUCAUGGGCUUGUUAAAGAGUUAGGCUUUGAUCCGUUUCUUCAGUCGGGAGAUGAUUUUAAUGUGAUUUUGGCGACGAGUUUGGUUGAUAUGUAUGGGAAAUGCGGAGAGAUGAGAACCGCGAGGUAUCUGUUCGACGAAAUGCCUGAGAGAAGCUUGGUUUCUUGGAAUUCUAUUAUUACAGGGUAUAGUCAGAGCGGUGAUGGAGAGGAGGCAAUGCGUUUGUUUUUGGAUAUGAUUGGUUUGGGUGUGUCUCCUGAUAAGGUUACGUUUUUGAGUGUCAUAAGAGCUUCCAUGAUACAAGGAUCGGGACGAAUGCUUCACGGUUAUGUAUUGAAAACCGGGUUUGUGAAGGAUGCUGCUGUAGUCUGUGCGCUUGUGAAUAUGUAUGCUAAAACUGGCGAUGCAGAGAGCGCGAAGAGAGCGUUUGAAGAUCUGGAGAAGAAAGAUACGAUAGCUUGGACGGUGGUGAUCAUUGGGUUAGCGAGUCACGGGCACGGGAAUGAAGCGUUGAGCGUGUUCCAGAGAAUGCGAGAGGAAGGUAGUGCUAAACCUGAUGGAAUCACAUUUGUUGGGGUGUUGUAUGCGUGCAGCCACGUGGGUUUGGUGGAGGAAGGGCGAAGAUACUUUGCGGAAAUGAGAGAUGUUUACGGCAUAGAACCGACGGUUGAGCAUUAUGGAUGUAUGGUUGAUAUCUUGAGCCGUGCUGGUUGUUUUGAAGAGGCGGAGAGAUUGGUAAAGACUAUGCCGGUACAAGCAAAUGCUAAUGUAUGGGGUGCGUUGUUGAAUGGCUGUGAGAUUCAUGAGAACUUCGAUCUGGCUGAUCGAAUAAGAUCUGUGGUAAGUGAAUCUGAAGAACUCGGUAGCGGAAUCUAUGUUCUUUUAUCUAAUAUCUACGCUAGAGCUGGACGGUGGAGUGAUGUGAAGGUGGUUAGAGAAUCAAUGAACAGCAGAAGAAUAGCUAAAGUUUUAGGUCAUAGUUCUGUUGAAACAACGUUCUAA